GCUGGGCGGAAGGGGCGUGGCGCGGCGGGCCGGUAAUGGCGGCGGAGGGCGGCGCGGAGCUCGGCGGCGGCGGCGGCGGCGGCGGAGCGGGCCCGGCCUUGGCUCUGGCCUUGGUGGAGGGCAGUACGGGCCGCGCCGCCCGCGUCGCCGACCCCGGGGACCUGGUGGCCCUGGCCCGGCAGGUGCAGCAGGCGGACGACUUCAUCCGAGCGAACGCUUGCAAUAAAUUGACCGUCAUUGCCGAGCAGAUCCGGUACUUGCAGGAGCAGGCUCGGAAGGUCUUGGAUGAAGCUAACAGAGAUGCUGAUCUGCACCACGUGGCCUGCAACCUUGUGAAGAAGCCAGGAAACAUUUACUACAUGUACAGGCGGGAGAGCGGCCAGCGAUACUUCUCCAUCCUGUCUCCCAAGGAAUGGGGGACCAGUCCCCAUGAAUUUCUCGGUGCCUAUAAGCUCCAGCACGACAUGUCCUGGACUCCAUUUGAGGACAUUGAGAGACGAGAUGCUGAAAUAAACAUCCUGGAUAAGCUGCUGAGCCGGCAAGCUGCACUGCCGCCGUGUACAGAGCCCAACUUCCAGGGCCUGACCAAGUGACACAAGUGACCACAGGGGACCCCCGAGCAGAGUCCCUGUGUGAGGACACGCGGUGCCUGCACGCUGCCAAAGGCAGAGCAAGGAACGAGACCAAGAAACAAAAGUGCUGAUGCUG